AUGGUGCGGAAAACCGGCGGGCUGCUACUUCUGCUCCUAUGGCCUAGCGGGCUUCUUAUCAACUUCAGUCUUCCUGACACGACAGAGCAAAGGCAUGCUGUGGUGACAGGAGCUGCAGGGUAUUUGGGACGAGAGCUUUGCGCGCAGCUCCUGGAAGAUCAUUGGAGGGUCACCGCCUUGGUGAGAGAGGUUUCAGCUGAGCGUGCGCAAGCCCUAGCAGAGCUGGCCAAGGAUAUUGGUGGUGACUUCCAAAUUCUUUCGCUCGAUCUUCUGGAUGAUGUGGCCUUGCAGCAGACUAUGACAAGCUUAAGGCCCAGUGUGAUCUUCCACGCGGGGGGCGUGUUUCGGCGCUGUAAGAAGCCCAUGGAAGAGAUGGUGGAGCCCAACAUUGCGAUGGCAGAGGCUGUGGUCCGCGCAGCGGCAGCCGCCCCAUCGCGGCCAAGGGUUGUUUACACAUCCUCAAUGGCUGCAGUGCGGGGCCCAGGCCAGGAGCCUCGCAAGGGGCAAAGAUGUUUUGAUGAGAAGGACUUCAACUCACAGUCACAUCCAGAAAACGGCUGGGGGGAAGCAUAUCAAUACAGCAAGCGCGAGUCUGAACUUCGGGCCAAAUCCCUGGCGGAAGAGCUGCAGGUUGACUUUGUGUCUCUUUGCCCCUCCUUCAUCCUGGGGCCAGAGCGAGGGUCCAGCGACGGUUCCGGUUUUUUCUGUGAGCAUGGUGCUCUCAUGGAUGAAGGGUGCCUGGUGUCCAAGGGGUGUCCAUAUGGGCAUUCAGAGCCAGGAGCAGAAGGUGCGCAGCCUCCUCAUUGCUGA